GCUCGGCAAUCUCCAGCGGCAUCUGUUCACCCAGCCGAGCCCGCCCAGCCCGCCGAGUCCAGCCAACUCAUCCAGCACAAGCCUUUCCCGCAGCCUACCCGCCGCCGCCACCGCAAUGGAGAAGCAUCACGACAGUGCCGAUCCAGAAUUCUCCAACGACGCCGACCCCGAGGACAACGAGGAGACCCCGGAAGACGACCCCAUGGACGGAGAAUCAGCCGAGGACGGGGCCCCCGAAGAGACCGCCGGCAUUCCGGACGAGAUUUCCAGCGCCCCCGAAGAAACCGCGCCGAUUCGGCACCUUGAGAACAAGUGGGUCGCCAACGAGGAACAGGACGUCAAGCACCUGGCCGAUGCUGGCCCCGCGGCGCUCGAGAGCCAGAAGCUGCACUGGCGCUCACUACUUUCAGCAGAGCUCGCAGCACUGGUAGACCAAGCCAAUGCCAGCGCACCAGACCACCGCUCCUACGACUUUUACCAUGGGUCGAUUGGAAUCGCAUAUCUGUUUCUCCAUCUCCACUAUUUGGAUUCGGGCAUCCAGGUGCGGCACAAGAGCGUCCUCGACUGGUCCCGCCACUUUGCUGAAUCGGCCGUGCGAGGCUGCGAGCUGUAUGUCGAGGAAAUGAAGCGGCUUGGCGUCAACCGCCUUGAGUGCGGCAUCAUCCAAGGGGAAGUCAGUGUCUGGGCGAUUGCGAGCAUCGUGUAUCAUACCCUCGGCGACGAGUCCACAACCAAGGUCUUUCUCGACAGGCUUGUCGGGCUCCAGGAUCGCUGUUUGAAACCCACGGCGCCGCAAGAGCUCUUCUACGGACGUCCCGGAUACUUGCACGCCUUGCUACUUGUGCGUCGAUUCCUGAGAGAGCGAGCAUCGACCCACAUCACCGACGAUUUGAUCGAGGCCAUCUUUGACCAGAUCAUACAAGACGGCCAGAAGGGAAGCCAGCGCAAGUUCACCAAGCCCGCGGACCGUAACGCAGUCAGUUACAUGUCGACCUGCGGUAGCCCGCUGGUGUUUUCGUGGUAUCUCGAGCGGUACAUUGGCGCGGCCCACGGCCUUGCCGGCGUCUUGGCGGUUCUCAUGGACUGCCCCGAUCUGGCCAGCAGCGACGAGAACGAAUCGUGUCUGCUGGGCGCCCUCGAGUUCCUCAAGUCCCGCAAGGUCACCAACGGCAAUUAUACCGUUCGUGUCGACGAGACGCUCCACAAUUCGCCUCAGCUGGCCGAGUCGGUCGAGUUGGUGCAAUUCUGCCAUGGCGCUGCAGGUGUCGGCCUCUGCUUUGCCAAGGCCUACGAGUUGCUCAUGGACGACUCGUAUCUGGCCGAGGCUAAAGGCGCCUCGGACGUCGUCUGGCACCGCGGCCUCCUGCGGAAGGGCGUGAGUCUCUGCCACGGCAUCUCCGGCAACGCCAUGCUGUUCUUGACUCUUCUGCGCAUCACCAACGAUAUCAGGUUUUGGUAUCGCGCCACCAAGUUCGCCUCGGCGGCGCUGGAGCACCCAUCUGAGACAAGCACGCAUGGUGGUCUGAUGGAAGGCCGUGCGGGUCUCGUCUGGCUGCUUUCGGAGCUGGCGUACUGGAAUUUUGAUCAAGAUGCUACUGACGCCACGCAGGCUCCAGUGAGGGGUGGCUUUCCGGGAUUCACCGACUAGGCUUUAUCCGGACGUUGAUGGCUGCCCGAGCUGGGUGAAUGAGAUUGUCCCCCUCCAAUCCGAUUUCACACAGGUCACAUCGCCAGUGGACUCGUACCACUCCAUCCGAUCCGGCGAUCUGCGGGUCUCUCCAGCCAGGUCGGCCGUGACCUGGGCGGUCGCUCAUUCGACCCAGAAGUCCUGAGAAUACAGACACUGCUCGGUCCGAUGUCUCUCUGUGG